AAUUCACUAAGCAAAUAAAUACUCGCAACUUGAAUUCAGAGCUAAAAGGAUGCAAUUGAAAUAUCUGCGAACACUGCUGGAGGGUCAGGAGCAAAUCCAACGGAUUGCGGGCCUGGCCUGGUCGCCCAAUCAGCAAAAGUUGGCCAUUGCCACCGCCGAUCGACACAUCCUGCUGUAUGACGAUGCCGGCGAGCGACGCGACAAGUUCAGCACGAAGCCCGCCAAUGCGGCGAAUGGCAAGAACUCGUAUGUGAUCCGUGGCCUGGCGUUCAGUCCCGAUUCGACGCGCCUGGCCGUCGGCCAGAGCGACUGCAUCGUGUAUGUGUACAAGCUGGGGGAGUCGUGGAACGACAAGAAGGUCAUCUGCAACAAGUUUCCGCAGGCCAGCGCCGUGACGGCUCUCAUUUGGCUCUCCUCGGGCGCCAUCAUAGCAGGCCUCGAAGAUGGAAAGAUUCGGGCGCUGCACAGCAAGAGCAACAAGUCGCAGAGUCUGUACGGGGGCGACAGCAUCUGCAUCUCGCUGGCGGCCAACACCAAGGGCAGCGGCUUCCUCAGUGGCCACAACGAUGGCACCAUCAUCCGUUACUUUCUGACGGACGAGGCCAACGAGCCGCUCGGCCGAGUGGUGCAGCAUCCGGUGCCGCCCUUCGCCCUGGCCUGGCCCCAGGGCGGCUUCUGUGUCGGCGGCUGCGAUCAGCGGAUUGUCUUCUACGAUACGAUGGGCAGACAGCUGCGCACCUUUGACUACUCGCGAACGGAGGGCGAGCGCGAGUUCACGGUGGCCGCCUGCAGUCCCAAUGGGCAGGCCGUGGCCUUCGGCAGCUACGAUCGCAUACGCAUCUACGCGUGGAGUCCGCGCCAGGGGGCCUGGAGCGAGAGCGCCAGCAAGGAGAUCGCCUGCCUGUACACGCUGAGCGCCCUGCUCUGGCGGCGGGAUGGCGCACGGCUCGCCCUCGGCUCCGUCAGCGGAGCUGUGCUGCUGUUCGAGUCCGUGCUGAAGCGCACCAUCUGGCAGGACAAGUUCGAGCUGAUUUUCGUGGCGCCCAGCCAGCUGCUGGUGCGAUCGCUGGCCGAGCCCACGCAGCAGCUGACCAUCGAGUCGCAGCUGGGACUGGAGAUAGACGAUGUGCGGAUCAUGGGCAAGGACAACUAUCUGGUGGCCCGCACCGAGGAGUCGCUGAUCCUCUGCGAUCUGACGCGCAAUCUGGCCAGCGAAGUGCCCUGGACAGCCUCCGGCCACCACGAGCGCUUCUACUUCGAGAACCCCAACGUCUGUCUGGUCUUCAAUGUGGGCGAACUGAGUCUCGUUGAGUACGGCGACAACUGCAUCCUCGGCUCCGUGCGCACAGAGUUUGUCAAUCCGCACGUGAUCUCGGUGCGGCUGAACGAGCGCGGCAAUGCGCGGGAGAACAAGAAGCUGGCCUUCCUGCUGGACGCCAAGACCAUUUGCGUGGUGGAUCUGGUGAGUCGCCAGACCAGCGGCCAGAUCAAUCACGAGACCAAAAUCGACUGGCUCGAGCUCAGCGAGACGGCCCACAAGCUGCUGUUCCGCGACAAGAAGCUCCGCCUGGUCCUGGUGGACAACUACACGGGCAAGAAGCAGACGCUCCUCAGCAACAUCUCGUUCGUGCAGUGGGUGCCCCAGAGCGAUGUGGUGGUGGCCCAGAGCCACGCCAAUCUCGCCAUUUGGUACAACAUCGAUCUGCCGGAGCACGUCACCAUGCAGACCGUCCGCGGCGAGGCCAUCGAAGUGCUGCGCGAGAAUGGUCGCACUGUGGUCCGCUCACAGGACGGACCCAGCGAGCACAGCUACCAGCUGGACGAGGGACUCGUGGAGUUCGGCACCGCCGUCAAUGACAGCGACUUCGGGCGGGCCGUUCACUUUCUGGAGUCUCUGGGGGAGAAGCCGGCGGCCAAGGCCAUGUGGCACAAUCUGGCGAUAAUCGCCCUCGAAGACGGCAAUCUGCGCGUGGCCCAGCGCUGCUACGCCGCUCUGGGCAACGUGUCCAAGGCGUUCUACCUGGCCGCGAUGAUACAGCAGGCGGAUGCGUUCGAGGAGGCCACCGACUCGCCGGGCAUCCUCUGUCCCGAGGUGCGCGCCAAGCUGGCUCUCCUGGGGUCCGAUCUGCGCACCGCCGAGCGCAUAUAUCUGGAGCAGGGCGACAUAGAGGCGGCCCUGAGGAUGUACCAGCAGCUGCGCAUGUGGGACGAGGCGGUGGCUCUGGCCGAGCGGCGGGGAUAUGGGCGACUGGCGGAGCUGAAGCAGCAGCACAUGGAUUUCCUGCUGAGCAGCGAGCAGCCGGAGAAGGCGGGCCAAGUGCUCGAGGAGCAGGGUGAGCUGCAGCAGGCCAUGGGGCUGUUCCUGAAGGCCAAUAAGCCGGCCAGAGCCGCGCGACUGGCGCUCAAGACGCCGCAGCUGAUGCAGGACGAGCAGCUGAUGCUGCAGGUGACCGAGGGCCUGGUGCACUGCGAGCUCUACGAGCUGGCCGGCGACAUUGCCCACCGCCUGUCCCGGCCGGAGGCUGCCCUGGCGCUCUACCGGAAGGGCGGGGCGUAUGCCCGGGCAUUGGAACUCGCACGCGUCGUGGAGCCGCAGGACGUGACGUCGCUGGAGGAGGAGUGGGGCGACUGGCUGGUGGGUCGCAAGCAGCUGGACGCCUCCAUCAAUCACUACAUCGAGGCGGGCGCCACGCAGAAGGCCCUGGAGGCGGCGGUGGGCGCCAAGCAGUGGCGCAAGGCCGUGCAGAUAGCCAAGGUGCUGGACGAGCCGGAGCUGAUACAGCGCUAUGCCCUGGAUCUGUCGAAGCAUCUGGCCUUUGCCGGCGACCUGGACGGGGCCGAGGAUAUGCUGGUGCGAGCCAAUCUCCACAGGGACGCCAUCGAGCUGCUCAACCGCCACGGCAAGUGGGAGCGGGCGUACGUGAUUGGGGAGAAGUACCUGAAGCCGGAGCACCUGCGCGAACUGUUCGUCCAGAUGGCAGGCACCCUGGAGGAGCAGGGAAAGUACCGGGACGCGGAGAAGGUACUGAUCGCCGUCAAUGAGCCCGAUAUGGCCAUCGCCAUGUACAAGCGGCGCGAGCUGUACGACUCGAUGAUCCGACUGGUCGAGCGCCACCACAAGGAUCUGCUGGACAGCACCCAUCUGCAUCUGGCGCGGCAGCUGGAGUCGCGCGGCAAGCUCAAGAACGCGGAGGUGCACUUCAUCGCGUCGGGGGACUGGAAGUCGGCCGUGCACAUGUACUGCUCCUCGGGCCGGUGGGAGGAUGGCUACCGCGUGGCCAAGCAGAAGGGCACGGAUGGGGCCAGCCAGCAGGUGGCCUACAUGUGGGCCAAGUCCAUGCCCCUGGAGAGCGCCGUGCGACUGCUGAGCAAGCUGGGACUGCUGGACACUGCCGUGGGAUUCGCCUGCGACUCGGGACAGUUCGAGUUCGCCAUGGAGCUGUGCCGCUUCGCGGGCAAGCCCACGGACGAGGUGCAUCUGAAGAUUGCCAUGUCGCUCGAGGAUGAGGGCAAGUUCGAGGCGGCCGAAGUGGAGUUCCUCAAGGCCCACAAGCCCAAGGAGGCGAUCCUCAUGUACCAGCACGCCGGCGACUGGCGGGCCGCUCUCAACGUGGCCGAGCAGCAUCUGCCGGAUGUCGUCGGCGAGGUGCUCAUCGGACAGGCGGCGGCCGCCCUGGAGACGCGCAACUACAAGGAGUACGAGGCGCUGCUGCUGCGUGCCCAGCGGCCCGAUCUCAUCGUGGAGCACUACAAGCAGGAGUCCCUGUACGAGGACGCCCUCCGGAUAGCCGAGGAGCACUACCCCUCGGCGCUGAAUGACUUGCGGCGACUGCAGGCACAGCUGCAGCGGGGACUGGCCCAGACGGGGGAGGAGUCCGUCACCGAUUCGCGCGCCUAUCUGCAGCGCGCCGCGGAGUUUGCCAAGCGCGAGCAGUUCCGCAAGGCGGCCGAGUGCCUCAUGCAGAUCGAUGCCUCCAAUGCCGAGGACGGGGCCACGCUGGAGCGGGCACUGCUGCGAGCCGCCGAGAUUUGCAACCAGUUUCUGGAGGGUCAGGACGCCCAGGAGCUGGCAACGGCCCUGGGGCCACGGCUGCUGGCCAUCAAGCAGAUUGGCCCGGCGGCACAGCUGUAUUUGGCGGCGGACAUGCCCAAGCAGGCGGUGGAUGUCUUCAUCAAGACGGAGCAGUGGAGCAAGGCCCGGCGACUGGCCAAGGAAAUCGACGCGGAUCUCCAGCUGCUGGCCUACGUGGAGCAGCAGCAAAAGUCGUGCCUCAAGCACGAGGGGAACGUCGAGCAGCUGGCGGACAUUGACAUCAUCUCGGCCCUGGAUCUGCUCGCGGAGCAGGGCCAGUGGCAGCGCUGCCUGGAGAAGGCCAAGCAGCUGAAUCCCUCGGUGCUGCAAAAGUACGUGGCCGUCUACGCGGCCCAGCUCAUCCGCGAGGGCAGCUGCACCAACGCCCUGGGCCUCUACCUGAGCUAUGGGGCGCCUCCCAUCGAGGCGCACUUCAACAUCUACACGCGCAUCGCCCUCGACUGUCUGGCCCUGAGGGAGGAGCAGUCCGAGGGUGGCUCCCUGUGGCGCCAGUUGCGAGAUUUUCUCCAGCGACUGCUGCACUCGCUGAGGGCCACGCCGGAGCAGGCGCAGACGCAGUUUACGGCCAGCAUGGAGCAGUUCCUCCGGAUUGCACACUACUAUGCCACCAGGGCCGCCUGCAAGGAGGUGCAGGCACUCCAGCCGGUGGCCCUGCGCCUCUCGUUGGCCCUGCUGCGGCACACGGAUAUCCUGCCGGUGGACAAGGGCUUCUACGAAGCUGGCAUGGAUCUGCGGCAGGCUGGACGCGAGGCGGAGGCGUUCGUCAUGCUCAACCACUACCUGGACGUGUGCGAGGCCAUCGAGGAGGGCUCUGGCAACUUGGUGGAUCACUCCGAUUUGGCCAGCACCGAUUUCCCCAGCUCGGUGCCGCUGCCCGAGGACAUUCACCUGAAGAACGAGCCGAGCCUGCAUGAGGAGGUGCGCGAAUGGGUGCUGGCCGUCAGCAUGGACCAGCAGGUGGAUCAGCAGCUGCCCACCGACGAUCGUGGCCUGUACGAGUCCAGCCUCGGACCCAACGAUGUCGCCUGCCUGCUGAGCGGAUUUCCGGUGCGUGGCCGUCAGCCAGUCACCUUUCAGUCGUCGAGCAAUCAGGUGAAUCGCGACGUCUGGAGCAAGUUCUCGGUGGCCGUGAAGAUGUCUCCGGGCAGUGGCAUAGCCGACAUCAUAGGCUUCACCGAGAAGUGGCAGGGAGCCGCCAACUACGUGAUGCACUGAACUGAACUGAAAAGAGCAGUUCUGGUCGGUAAGUUGCUCGUAAUUGAAUUCUGUAUUCAACCGUCAAUAUAUAAUAUAAAUUGCGAUUAUAAUAAUCGGGGCAAUAUA